AUGACCACCAUCACCACCACCAUCACCACCAUCAUCACCACCAUCAUCACCACCAUCAUCACCACCAUCAUCACCACCAUCAUCACCACCAUCAUCACCACCACCAUCACCACCACCAUCACCACCACCGCCACCGCCACCGUCCUCCUCCCUGGUCCGGCGGCCACCCCCCCUUCGUCCUUGUCGGUCCUGGGUGCCUCCGUCGCCUUCCCCGGCGGCGCCAGGGACCCCUGGGUUACUGCCCAGGCUAUGUGCCUGGUCAUCGUUGUUCUUUCGUUUGGGUUUCUUGUUGCGGCUGGGGGGUACUCUAUGGCCACCCAAUGGUCCAGGUUCCGCUGGCCCCAUACCGGCAGGUAUACGCCGAUGACUGUGGAGGAGGCCUGGGUGGUCAGGCACGAUCAUAAGCCGAACACCCAGGCCUCCUCCACCCCCGCCGCCGCCUCGUCGUCCUCCGCCCUGGGUCCCUCCUCCUCCACCCCUGCGCCCCCCUCGUCCUCCGCCCAGGAUCCCUCCUCCUCCACCCCUGCGCCCCCCUCGUCCCGGGCCUCCGCCGCUCCCUCCUCCGUCCCCCCCUCCGAUGCCACCUCCGUCAGCUCCCCCCAGCCUGGCGUCAUGUUCUGCGCCAUCCCACCCCAAGCCUCGCCCCCCUCCAUCCCAGCCCUUCUCCCCCCACCAGCCAUCCAACAGAGCCGCCCCCAGCUCCUAAGACGCGUCUCCUCACUUACCCUCCCCAAGGGAGCAUACGUGUCGCCCUCCGUCCCCGGUCAUUAG